GAUUUGCAUGCGGCCGCGGCGGCCGCUGCCUGCGCCCUAGCCCGCCCGCCCGCCGGAGCCCGCGCCCGCGCCCGGCCCGCGCGGCCCCAUGCCUCUGGCGCGGCCCUCGGGGGGCGAAGGUGAAGACCGGCUCCUAGGAUGAGUGAAGGCGCGGCCGCUGCCUCGCCACCUGGUGCCGCUUCGGCAGCCGCCGCCUCAGCCGAGGAGGGCACCGCAGCAGCAGCAGCAGCGGCGGCGGCGGCGGCGGCGGCGGCAGCGGCGGGCGGGGGCCCGGACGGCGGCGGCGGCGAAGGGGCGGCCGAGCCCCCCCGGGAGUUACGCUGUAGCGACUGCAUCGUGUGGAACCGGCAGCAGACGUGGCUGUGUGUGGUGCCUCUGUUCAUCGGCUUCAUCGGCCUGGGGCUCAGCCUCAUGCUCCUCAAAUGGAUCGUGGUGGGCUCCGUCCAGGAGUACGUGCCCACAGACCUGGUGGACUCCAAGGGGAUGGGCCAGGACCCCUUCUUCCUCUCCAAGCCCAGCUCUUUUCCCAAGGCUAUGGAGACCACCACCGCCACCGCGGCCACCACGUCCCCCGCCACCCCCUCCGCCUCCUCCAGGACGCCCAACCGGAUUAGCACGCGCCUGACCACCGUCACGCGGGCACCCACUCGCUUCCCGGGCCACCGCGUGCCUAUCCGGGCCAGCCCGCGCUCCACCACGGCACGGAACACCGCGGGCCCCCCGACGGCCCUGUCCACUACGGCCCCUUUCUUCAGUAGCAGCGCGCCGGGCUCCCGACCGCCGGGGCCGGGUGUCCCCAGUACCCAGGCUAUGCCCUCCUGGCCCACUGCGGCAUAUGCUACCUCCUCCUACCUUCACGACUCCACUCCCGCCUGGACUCUGUCUCCCGUUCAGGAUGCUGUGUCCUCCUCCUCUUCCUCUUCUUCUACCACCGUCACUGCCACCACCACCACCACCACCACCACCGCACCAGAAACUAGCACCAGCCCCAAAUUCCAUACCACGACAUAUUCCACAGAGCGGUCAGAGCACUUCAAACCCUGCCGGGACAAGGACCUUGCAUACUGUCUCAAUGACGGCGAGUGCUUUGUGAUUGAAACCCUGACUGGAUCCCAUAAACACUGUCGGUGCAAAGAAGGCUACCAGGGAGUCCGUUGUGAUCAAUUUCUGCCGAAAACUGACUCCAUCUUAUCGGAUCCAACAGACCACUUGGGGAUUGAAUUCAUGGAGAGUGAAGACGUUUACCAACGGCAGGUGCUAUCGAUCUCAUGCAUCAUCUUUGGAAUUGUCAUCGUGGGUAUGUUCUGUGCUGCAUUCUACUUCAAAAGCAAGAAACAAGCUAAGCAAAUCCAAGAGCAGCUGAAAGAGCCACAAAAUGGUAAAAACUACAGUCUCAAAGAAUCCAGCACAAUGUCAAAGUCAGAGAGCCUGAUGAAAAGCCACGUGCAGCUGCAAAAUUACUCGAAGGCAGAAAGACAUCCUGUGACUGCGCUGGAGAAAAUGAUGGAGUCGAGUUUCACUGGCCCCCAGUCCUUCCCCGAGGUCCCUUCUGCUGACAGAGGAAACCAGUCUGCCAAACACCACAGGAGUCUCUCCUCGUGCUGCAGCCCAGGACCAAGGAGUGGGGUGCUCCACAGGAAUGCCUUCGGAAGGACCCCGCCUUCACCCCGCAGGAGGCUGGGUGGGAUGAUGGGACCAGCAUAUCAACAGCUAGAGGAAUCCAGGAUCCCAGACCAGGAUACGAUCCCUUGUCAAGGGAUAGAGGUCAGGAAGACUAUAUCCCACCUGCCUUUACAGCUGUGGUGUGUUGAAAGACCCCUGGACUUAAAGUAUUCAUCCAAUGGUUUAAAAACCCAACAAAAUGCAUCAAUAAAUAUGCAACUGCCUUCAAGAGAAACAAACCCCUAUUUUAAUAGCUUGGAUCAAAAGGACCUGCUGGGAUAUCCGUCUACAAGGGCCAGUUCUGUGCCCAUCAUCCCUUCAGUGGGUCUAGAAGAAACCUGCAUGCAAAUGCCAGGGAUUUCUGAAGUCAAAAGCAUCAAAUGGUGCAAAAACUCUUUCUCCGCUGACAUUGUCAAUGUGAGUAUCCCAGUCAGCGAUUGUCUUAUAGCAGAACAACAGGAAGUGAAAAUAUUGCUAGAAACUGUCCAGGAGCAGAUCCGAAUUCUGACUGAUGCCAGACGGUUGGAAGACUAUGAACUGGCCAGCGUAGAGACGGAGGACAGUGCAAGUGAAAACACAGCCUUUCUCCCCCUGAGUCCCACAGCCAAAUCAGAACGAGAGGCACAAUUUGUCUUAAGAAACGAAAUACAAAGAGACUCUGCAUUGACCAAGUGACUUGAGAAUCUGUGCAUUCUAUGCUUUGCUCAACAGGAAAGAGAGGAAAGUAAAUACAAAUUAUUUAUAUGCAUUAAUUUAAGAGCAUCUACUUAGAAGAAACCAAAUAGUCUAUCGCCCUCAUAUCAUAGUGUUUUUUAACAAAAUAUUUUUUUAAGGGGAAAGAAAUGUUUCAGGAGGGAUAAAGCUUCCGCUAAAGCUUUUGGGUAGAAUUCUGAAUCCUGUUUCAGUUAGUCCCAACACGGUCCUCCUCUUUGGCUCUUAAAAGAUGUGGGCAGUUGACUCCCUCGGUCCCGCAGUGCCAGUGUACUUCUUCAUCAGAAAGCCCUGGCAGAUAACCUAGUUCCUAGAGAUGAGCUGAAGCCUGGGGGUGGAUGUGCCAGUGAGCAGGUGGCUCUUGCCAUUUGGCUCACCCAUCCCAGCCCCUGACUUUCUCUUGAACCCUACAGCCACAUCCCAGGUUUUGUCAUGUCAAGAAAUGUAGUGUUUUGUAUUUGAUUUUUUGAAGAAUGGUACCAAGACUGAAAUGGAAAACAGGAGAGAGAAGAAGUAAUUGAGGCAAUCUUAACUAUGUGUUUGCCCUCUUCCUCUGAAAUGCGAAAGCGCAGAAUCUCAGAGGAAGAUACAAAAAAUGUUAUAGAGACAGAGAAAAAAAUUCCAACCACAAUGUUGUGUCACUAAAAUCAUGCUAAUAGAGAAUUUUUUCCCCUUUGGAAUUGUUUAAAGGCCCUGAAGGCAUGUUUCCAGUUUGUGUGUGUGUGUGUGUGUGUGUGUGUGUGUGUGUGUGUGUGUGUGUGUGUGUGUGAGCCCACUCACAUAUACUGUAUGCACAUGUGUUCAUUGUACACAUGUGUGUGCCUGUGUGUGUGUUUAUUAAGCUUGCUCAAAUUUGUUCUGAAACAUCAGGGAAUCUAAUAUUAAAAAAAAAAACCUUCCCUUCUAAAUCUGUUCCUUUUAAAUUUUCCCAUUAAACAUGAAGUUCAGUUAGUAAGUUCCUAAGUCGUGGUCACUUGCAUGGUGGGUUCCAUAAAACUCUUGAUAACAUCAAGCCCAUUUUCUGAUGUGAACACUUGUAAGAGGAACAACUAUUGAUUCUUUAAAGAAAAUCAGUCUCCCAAAGCAAAUUAUUCUUUGGAAUAAUUCCAAAUUUCUUUGGAAUCAUGCCUCCUUAAAAUAUUUACACAAGCCAAAUAUCCAAUUGACCGUUGCUAUUUCAUUCCCCACGCAUUUGUUUCACACCAGGUCUACUAUGUGUGGACCAAGGCAUUGGCUUCUGUGGUUAAUACGGAAAGAAUACAUUGCUGAAAUCACAAAGCCCCGACUGUUCAGUUCACAAGAAUCCCCAAAAGAACAGCAAAUGAUGUUGUGUGUUCAUUUGGAAUAAAGCAAUAUUUUUACCACUGAGGUGAACUGAACCCUUUCCUGAAGAUUUAACUGUCUGCUUCAUUUUCCUUUACCUUCACGGGGCAUUAAGGAAACCAGUGUCCACAUGUCCAGUCUUUUUUCAAGUAUCAGUGGCGUUGAGUUGUUAUGUUUACAUUGUUUUAAUAAAAAGUCACAGUAUUUGAAAGCA